AUGACAGUGAUAGAAGUGGGCUUCUCUCCCUCUCUCUCUCUCUCUCUCUCUCUCUCUCUUUUUCUCUCUUUUCUCCACCCCUCCUUUGUUACUCGGUGUAAAAACAUAGGCACUCAGAGCGGUGCUAGUUGUUAGCUAGUAGGCUAGCUGUGCGCUCGCUCCCCCCGCGGCCUGGCUGGAGAUGAGUGGAAGAUGUCCGUGUCGGCGCUUAAGGCCGAAUUAAAGUUCUUGGAGUCGAUUUUUGACCCGAAUCACGAACGUUUUCGAAUAAUCGACUGGAAACCCGACGAGCUUAGCUGUCAGUUUAAUGUGACUGGUGAAAAGCUACUGAUCAUCCAUUGCAAUAUUACGGAGGCUUACCCCUCAACUCCCCCUUUAUGGUUUGUGGAAUCAGAUGAUCCGAGCCUGACUGAGGUGUUCGAGCGCCUGGAGGAUGUCCGGAAAGGCAGUACCUUGCUUGUACAGCAGUUGAAAAGACUUAUCUGUGAUCUUUGUCGGCUGUAUAACCUGCCCCAGCACCCUGAUGUAGAUAUGCUGGACCAGCCUCUUCCUGCUGGACCAAUCAGUCAUGAGAGAAAGCAUGUAACAACAGAUGAAGUAACAUCUGAUGAAGAAGAAGAGGAAGAAAUGACUGAGCAGGACAUCGAAGAUCUUGACCACUAUGAGAUGAAAGUGGAGGAACCUGUAGAAGGCAAGAAGUCAGAAGAUGACGGGAUAGAAAAGGAGAACCUUGCUAUACUAGAAAAAAUCCGAAAGACCCAAAGGCAAGAUCACUUGAAUGGUGCAGUGUCAGGCUCUGUUCAGGCCUCAGACCGUCUUAUGAAGGAACUCAGGGAGAUCUAUAGGUCACCGAGUUACAAGAUGGGUAUUUAUUCAGUGGAACUUGUCAAUGAUAGUCUUUAUGAAUGGCAUGUCAAGCUGAGGACGGUAGAUCCAGAUAGUCCAUUACAUAGUGACUUGCAAGUCUUGAAAGAAAAAGAAGGAGUUGACUAUAUUCUGCUCAGCUUCUUUUAUAAAGUUUCACAGGAUAACUUUCCCUUUGAUCCCCCCUUUGUACGAGUAGUAUCUCCUAUACUCUCUGGAGGCUAUGUUCUCGGGGGAGGGGCCUUAUGUAUGGAACUACUAACAAAACAGGGCUGGAGCAGUGCCUAUUCCAUAGAGUCUGUCAUUAUGCAAAUCAAUGCUACUCUGGUGAAAGGGAAAGCUAGAGUACAAUUUGGAGCUAAUAAGAACCAGUAUAAUCUUGCCAGAGCGCAACAGUCAUAUAAGUCUUUGGUCCAGAUCCAUGAAAAGAAUGGCUGGUACACACCUCCUAAAGAAGACGGUUAAGAAGAAGUAGAAGACGACGACGACACAUCAUUAUGGGAAUGUGGCACUUGAGAUCAACUAUUUUGCAUUUGAAUUGUUCUAAAAUUCCGCUAAAUUUCUUUCGUUCAGCAGGAGUGUGAGGUCCAUUUAGUCUGUUCCUCUUAUUUCACUCGAUCUUCUGUCUGUAACCUUUUUCCUUCCUGGAUGUGUCUGAAGCACACAGCUUUGGUAAUAAUGCGUGAUUUACACCGAGCAAUGUUUAGCGACCAAAAGAUUAAUGUUUUGCCUGGAACUGAAUGGAAUAAUGUAAGAGUCUGGAUUUUAUUCUCAUUCUCUUCUUUUCAUGUAAGAUAUUGUGGCUAUCAGAUCAGGCUUUUGGUUCACUGAACUUCAAAAUGAUAUGGAUGCAAAAAAAGACAAUAUGAAGAUUUGGCACCUAUCUUAUCUCUGCAGGCAUUGCUCUAUCUUUUUAAAACCUUUGUGUUCGAUGUUGUUAAAAUGUGCUGGUAUGUUUAAUGCUUUUAGAAAAAAUAUUAUUUUCUGUAAUAAUAAAAUUAAGGUUAUUGUAAGGUAUGGGAUUCAUUCCAGUUUUCAGUUUAAUAACUGUGAAUGAAUACCACUCUGUGCCCUGUUUUCUGCUUUUAGCCUUGUGUUUAAUCUGAGGUCUGUUUAGCAAACACAAGCCUGAGAACAUGCAAAUAAAUAAAUGCCAUGUUCUCUAAUUCAACAGAAACUUGCCUGUGUACUCGUUAAUGUGCUGUUAAUGUGGAAUUUCGGCUAUGCCAUGAUAUACAGUCAAGACCUUGAUCAUAAAAUAUUUAAUUGGAUGUCAUGUGGAAAAUUAUAAGACACUAAACGUUUUUUUUUUUUUUUUUUUUUUUUUUUAAAUAGGGGCUUUAGAAACAUUUAUUUGUUUAAUUCUGAGGUUGUCGAGUAGUCAUUCCUUAUUACCUUAAUCCAUGCCUGUUUUUAAAUCUUGUCCUUUAUUUUUCAUACUGACACUAAUUCAGCAACUUAUUUUUCUGGUUCACCCAACCACCCCCCACCCUUAGUUACCCACCCUGCCACCUGUUUCCUAAUGAGAAGGACUCUUCUUUUCGAUGUCCUUCCCCCACAUUGGACUGCUGUAAAGUGCUAAUUGUACAUUCAAUUUUGCCAUUACCUGGAAAACCUCAGGAACUCUGCUAGACUGAUGUUAUUAUUGAUGAUAUUACCAUGGUUCAUAUCCUAAAACCAAUGGGUUUAGAGUUUUACAUAAGCUGGUUUAAUUGAAAGCCUAUUGUUUCAACAGACUUUACAACCAGGCAUUAUAUAGUGUACUAUAAUGAAGAAUCCGUUUCUGUUACUGCUGUUUUGUUUGUAUUUUUAAUUUUUUUUUUAUUUACCAAGUGCAGCAGAGGACCAAAUAGCAAGGAUCAUGGUUUCAUUAUGAUUAUUUGUAACUGUUUCCUUCCCAACUUCAUUGUCUCCUAGUAUUGUAAUUUUUGUUUUAGGAAAUUGCCCAGGGUUAAACUUCUUGGCUUUUUUGCACAGAGUAUAAAAAUGUGCCUCAGUAAUAAACAUAAAGGGUUGGAGUCAUGUCCAGACUCUAAACUAUUCAUGAUUACAUAAAAGCCCCAUCUAACAGUGGCUUGCUGUUCUGUAAAUCUGUGAAAUAAAAUCAACCUGUCAAGUAAAUGUUUGGUGAACAGGAGUAUUAAGUAAGGUGUCUUGAAGGUUAUGAUGGCAUUUGCACUCUAAGAGAAGCACAGCUGAGCACAGUCUUUAAAUGUAUGUUCUCCGGGUUUUAGUGUUCACCCCAGGUUAGUCAUACUCUGUUACUGCAAAGUCGCUGUUUGAUAUUUAAGUUAAGUUUUAAAUUCAACACAUCUGCACCUUGUAAUCAGGAUCCACCUGGUAUGCUGUGUUAUUAUUAUUAUUAUUAUUUUUUAUUUAAGUAAUGCUAUGUUUGUUGUCCUACCAAGUAUGACUGGAUAUUUUAAAUACUGACCUCAGCUUAACUAAUGACUGUGCUCUUACUUUCUUUUUUUUUUUAUUGGCGCCAUCUCAUGGUGGAAUUAUUCUUUUGGCAUGCAUUCAGGUUGUUCUUUUCAUUUGCAAGAGAACUUUGAUCAUGUACAGUAAAUUUUGUAAACUUGCAUCAAGUUUAUGAAUAAAGAAUUUUACAACA